GAGCCGGAGACUCUGGCGGCGGCGUCGCGCGUUCGAGGAGAGUGAGAAGCCUAGGGUUGGCGUUGCUGACUUGAGAGGCCUCAUUGGUGGGCCUGGACCGUUGAGUUGGGCCCACCUGUCAGCUAACACUAUGAUGGGCCUUUUCAAGCUUUGGGCCGUUGGAUGCGGCGAGAGAUCUGGGCCUCUGGGCCGUCGGAUCUGAGAGAAGUAUUGUGCGCGUCUCUGAGCGACGGCGGCUUUGGUCUGGAAGGGGAGAGGAGGCGGCGGCGGUGGGGGAUGGCGGCGGCGGCGGCGGCGGCGACGGCGACGCUCCGGUGGGUGCUGCAGAUGCACCGGGACGUGCCGCGGGCGGCGAGGUUCUACUCCGAGGGGCUCGACUUCAGCGUCAACGUCUGCACGCUGCGAUGGGCGGAGCUCCAGUCCGGGCCGCUCAAGCUCGCCCUCAUGCACACCAACGACAGUAAUCUUGCAUCGCAGAGAAUCUAUUCUUCGAUGCUGUCAUUCACUGUACCAGACAUAAACAGUACAGUUACGAAAUUAUUGUCGCUGGGAGCUGAGUUGGAUGGGCCCAUCAAAUAUGAGAUCCAUGGAAAGGUUGCAGCCGUACGAUGCAUCGAUGGGCACAUGCUUGGCCUUUUCGAACCAGCGUGAAGAACCUACACUGCAAUGUACAUAAUGAAAAAAUUAUUUCAAUUUCUUGCAGAUGGUAUGUUUUAUUUCUGUGGACUGAAGUUGUUGUUGACAGAAGCAACUGACUGGGCCUGUAGUGUCUGAAACACUGAUGAAUAGUUAGAUGGGCAUCUCUUUCUGUUAAGAGAAACCAGUAUGAGAAUUGAGGUGCUGUAGCUCUUUCGCCACCGUUUGCCUGGUAAUUGCCUGUCGUAUUGCAAUCGGUAGAGAGCCACACUGUCAUGGCUCUGCUUUAUAAUGGCCUGAACUAUUGCUAACUUGGCAAUGUUCU